UUGCUUACUUUGCCGUACUUAUCACAACUAUUUGUUUUCAUUCGUCACUAAUUCAAUCAUAACACCUAGAUUUUUUCUAUCGAAUUUUCUACGCGUACUCGACAUUUUAGCCAGCGACGUAGCACGUCGAUUAAACACUUUCAUAGUCUAACAUUAAAUUCGGUUGAGUAGAUAGAAAUUGUAUUGUUCGUGUCAAAUUGAAUCUACGUUUUGUGUGUAAAUAGUCUUUGUUUUGACGAGAGAAGAAGAAGAAAAUGGGCAAUCUUUUUGGGAAAACAAAGAGAACGGCACCGAGCCGAGUUACCGAACAUGACAAAGCCGUUUUGCAAUUGAAACAGCAGCGAGACAAACUGAAGCAAUACCAAAAGCGAAUUGAAUUGUCACUGGGAAAAGAUCGGGAAUUGGCAAAGAAAUGCUUAGCAACUGGUCGAAAAGAUCGUGCACGUGCGCUGUUACGUAAAAAGAAGUACCAAGAAAAAUUGCUGGAAACAACGGAUGGUCAGUUAGAAAACUUAGAGAAACUGACAUCAGAUCUGGAAUAUGCACAAGUCGAACAGAAAGUGCUAGACGGUUUGAAGGUCGGAAACGAAGCGCUGAAGAAAGUACAUGAAAUCCUUACAAUCGACGAGGUUGAACGAAUUUUGGAUGAAACAAGAGAAGGUGUUGAGAAGCAACGCGAAAUUGAUGCGGCAAUCAAUCAAUACGCCGAUGCAGCGCUUACGGAAGAAGAUGAAGAGGAUGUACUGGCCGAGUUGGAUAAAUUGUUGGGCGCCGAUGAAGAAGCCGCAGCGAAACCAAUCGAAUUACCUGAAGUUCCAACCGACGAAUUGCCCGCCGUAGAAGAAACUGCCGAACGAACGGCCAAAGUGAGAAAAGUCAAAGACGAACCGGUAGCAUUGGAGGCAUAAACUUAUUUGAAUAUAAAUCGAAGAGAAACUAACAAAGAUAGAAACAUCCGGAUACGGAUCAGUAACACAACGAUUAAUCAUAUGGUUCAGAGUCGAUUUUUGGUGUGAAAUGGUACGAGCGUCAGGCAACAGUCUGUAGACUGUGGAGCUAUUAAAAAUAAGAGUAAUUUUUACAUGAAAACAAUUUCUUCGAAAAUUGACUUCGGACACAAGAUAAUAACAUACGAAAUAAAACUCUGCUUCGCUUUUUAUUUUUGUAACAAGAGAACAAUUUACUACCAACAAAAAGAAAAAGGAUUUGUCUAAAUUUAUUACAAAUGUGUAAAAAAAACGUUCAUCAAAAAGGACAAAGAUAGAUAGAUAUAUUUAAGAAUAAAUUACCACGCUCUAAUUAGGAC